AUGCCAUCAGCAUCAUCUUCAACUUUUUCUUAUGAUAUCAAGACUAAAAAUGCACAACCAAUGUUUGAAUUCGGUUCUGCUUAUUGUCCCAGAGUCUCGUAUCAUUUCAAUCCCAAAGUCUCAAACUAUCAUUAUGGUGUUAAACAUCCAAUGAAACCGUUCAGAUUAAUGUUAACAGAUCAUCUGGUUUCUUCUUAUGGUUUACAUAAGAUUAUGGAUUUAUAUGAAACUAGAUCUGCUACAAAGGAUGAACUUUUAGAUUUCCAUUCCGAUGACUAUGUAAGUUUCUUGCAAAAAGUGACACCUGAAAAUCUCAGUAAAAUGCCAAGAGGUACUUUAGAAAAAUAUAAUAUUGGUGAUGAUUGCCCAAUUUUUCAAAAUCUAUAUGAUUACAGUGCCUUGUAUGCUGGUGCUUCUUUAGAUGCCUCUAGAAAAUUAAUUAAUAAUCAAUCUGAUAUUGCAAUUAAUUGGUCAGGUGGAUUGCAUCAUGCUAAAAAGACAAAUCCAUCAGGGUUCUGUUAUGUCAAUGAUAUAGUAUUGGCAAUUUUAAAUUUAUUAAGAUAUCAUCCAAGGGUCUUAUAUAUAGAUAUAGAUUUACAUCAUGGUGAUGGUGUACAAGAAGCAUUUUACACAACUGAUAGAGUCUUUACAAUUUCUUUCCAUAAAUAUAACGGUGAAUUCUUCCCGGGUACUGGUAAUUACGAUGAAAUAGGUUGUGCUCAAGGGAAACAUUUUGCAAUGAAUGUACCACUAGAAGAUGGUAUAGAUGAUGAUUCAUAUAUAAACCUGUUCAAAUCAAUUAUCGACCCAUUAAUAACUUCAUACAAACCAACGGUGAUUAUACAACAGUGUGGUGCAGAUUCUUUAGGUCAUGACAGAUUAGGUUGUUUCAAUUUAAAUAUUAAAGCUCAUGGUGAAUGUGUUAAAUUCAUUAGAUCAUUUGGGAUUCCCAUGUUAGUGGUUGGUGGUGGUGGAUACACACCAAGAAAUGUGUCACGAUUAUGGACCUACGAAACUGGUGUACUAAAUAAUGUCUUGUUACCUGCAGAACUUCCAGAAGAUAUACCUUUCAGAGAUUCGUUUGGUCCUGAUCAUUCCCUAUACCCAGUGCUGGACGAUCUUUAUGAAAAUAAAAAUAGUAAAAGAUAUCUAGAAGAUUUGAGAAUACGAUGUCUAGAACAUAUAAGGUAUUUACAAGGUGCACCAAGUGUUAGAAUGGAUGCAGAGGUCAUCCCAGUAAAUGAUAUUAGUGGUUUGACUGAAGAAGAAGAAGAUAUAAUUCAGGAGUUGAAUCAAGAAGAUGAGAACUGGAGAUUGGAACAAAUAGAAAAAGAAAAUUCAAAACUAAGUGAACUAAUGUAA